AUGAAGGCCCCUCCGGAUUUCUUCGGUAUUGUUUAUCUUUUAUGUUUUAAAUACUGUGUUGUAUUAUUUAUAUCUUUGUCUCUUUCUAUGACAGAAGCCGCUACACCCCCGUCGCAUACUGAGGGGCCCCUGUCUAUAUCCGCUUUAACAGAUGCAGCAGCAGCAACAGCAGCAGCAACAGCAGCAGCAGCAGCAGCACGCUCCAUACUAGUCAUCAGGGGGGCCUCCUGUAUAGGGGGGCCCCCAGAGGAUCUCUUAGACCUCCUCCCCACUCUAGAUGGUGCAUACUGCUUUCAUGUGAAGACAGUAGAGGAGACAGCCGACGCAGCAGCUAAUCCUUCAGAUGUCUCUGCUGCAGAUAUUGAUGCUGCAGCAGGAGAUAUCUGUACCCUAGUGUGUGCUGGGGGCCCCUCUUGGGGGCCCCCCACCGUUGGGGGCCCCUUGGAUAGAAGCCUCGGGGGCCCCCUGUCUCCUCCAGACCUGCAACAGCAGCAGCAUCCGCAUCAGCAGCAACAGCAGCAGCAGCAUCCGCAUCAGCAGCAACAGCAGCAGCAGCAGCAGCAGAAGCAGCAAGAGGAGGAACUGUCUGCAGUGGCUGCGCAUACUUCAGGUGUAUCUGCAGCACAAACAAGCAUUGAUACACAUCCGUCUUCUGAUAAACUAAUGCACGUGCAGCUAAACAUGCAUGCAGACGAAGCCCUUAAAACUCUUCUCCUAAAGGACGAAGAAGUUUUAAAGAGAAUAGGAAAGGAGGGUGUAUUAGGCUGGAGCUCUCUCUCAGAUAGCUCUAUAUCUAUACGACGCAUAUCAGGGGGCCUAAGCAAUGUGCUUUAUUUACUAGAGGUCGGAGAGGAAGAACAGGAGGGGGGCCCCCAGGGGGGCCCCCAGGGGGGCCCCUCCUCGAACGUGCCUACAAAGAAGGCAUUGCUUCGGGUGUAUGGGCAGCAAGAUGGGGUCCCUUUGUACAGCGCUGCUGGCGAAAGGAGGCUGUUUAAAGCCUUAGGGAGGCAGGGCAUAGCGCCAAAGUGUUUAGCAGAAUUCGAGGGAGGAAGAAUAGAAGAGUAUUUAGUGGGGUCGCCCCUCACUACUAAGGAUCUGACGGAUGCAGAAAUCCUGGAGAAGGCAGCCGUAUCCAUUGCUGCAUUCCAUGCGGUGCCCCAACCUGAUUUCCUGGAGGGCGGAAGCUGUCUCAUGGGGCCCCUCACCGGCAGCAGCAGCAGCAGCAGCAGCAGCAGCAGCAGGAGCAGCAGGAGCAGCAGGAGCAGCAGCAGGAAGACCUGUAAUACAGAAGGUUGCAGCUGUUGUUUAUGCAGGGUAGAGUCCUGGGGUUGCUUGGCUAGCCAAGCCCUUUCUCUUGCAUUAGAAGCAUUAGAGGGGCCCCCCGUACCCUCUGAAGAUACGAAGGGGGCCCUGGGGCCCCCCCUAGGGGCCCCUGCAUCAGCUUCAUCUGAUUUCAGUCAGGGGGCCCCCUCUGAGGGGCCCUCAGGGGCCCCCUCUAAGGGAUUCUUUGGGGGCCCCUCUGGGGAGAUGGGCUCCAAGGGGGCCCCCAGUGAGGCUCCAAAGGGGGCCUCCCAGGGGGCCCCUAAGGGGCCCCUUAGGAAGGUCCUAAGGGGGGCCCUUAGGGGGGCCCUUAGGAGUGAUGAUGAGGAUUUGAUAGAGACUACACUUAAGCAGCUGCAUGCAUUGGGGCUUGAAGAUUUUUUAAAUGAAGCAGUCUGGCUGAACGAGAAGGUGAAGGAGCUUGCUGCUGAUGAUGGGGUGUACCUGAGGACGCUGCAGCAGCAGCUGCAGGAGGAGCUGCAGGAACUGCAGCAGCAGCAGCAACAGCAGCAGCAGCAGCAGCAGGAAGGAGAGAGCAAUGAGGAGACAGCUGAGAAGACAGCAGCAGAAGCAGACAGUUUGCUGUGGCUCUCAGGGUUUUACCCGGUACUCAGCCACAACGACUUCCAGGAGAACAAUAUUCUUAUGAGGACCGAUAGUAUAGAGAGACAGUGCGGUAGCAGCAGCAGCAACAGCAGCAGCAGCAGGAGCAACAGCAACACAGGCAGCAGCAGCAGGUGUAUGAUUACGUCUGGCAUGGAUGUUAUGAUGCUCGUUUCGCAUCUAAUGUGGGGAUUCUGGUCUCUCAUCAAAAUGUCUGUCCCUGAAGAUCCCGAAAAGUUCUCCUACCUCGGUUAUGCCAAGACGAGGCUGGAUCUGUACACCGCUAAGAAAGUGGAGAUGGAGGCAGAGGGAGUUCUCUAA